AUGGCUGCCGUGUUUGUGCCGCCGUCUCCUCGAACCUCCCUGAACAUGUCGACUCGCCGCCCGCUCGCCAACGUGCCGAAUGCUACCAACUCUCCCCAUCGGGCUGGGCUCGUGCCAGCUAAACGAGCACGAUCAGGUCAAAUUGAGAUUCCUUUUGGUCAGCCUCCACCAAAGAAGCAGGUGAUGGACGCGGUGGAGCAGGAUCGAAGUCGACUCAUUGUACACCAAGGAACCGAGUCCAAAUUGUUUGCGCGUCGGAGUAACAACGCCAAUCCCAGCGCGUUCGAAAAAAGUUGGGAAAAGGAGAGAAUGCCUCAACCAAAGGGUUCUAGAAAUGAGAAGCCUUCGGCAGAUACCAUGGACACGAUUCGACAAUGGCAGCGACACUAUCGCAAGGCAUUCCCGCAAUUUGUCUUUUACUUUGACAGUAUCCCCGAGGAUGUUCGCCGCAAAUUCUCGCGCCAGGUUGUUGCUCUUGGAGCUUGCGAGGAGAAGUUCUUUUCUCGCCUUGUGACCCAUGUCGUUACUUCACGUCCUAUUCCACCGGAAGCAACUGCUACCACGAGUCCGACCGACGAUCCCGCCACCGGGGCAGAUGGAGCCAAUGGCGACAACAUGCAGACUGUGAACCCCUCGCUUCUAGAGAAGAAUGCCGACUCCCAUAUACACGUCUCGCUCAAGACUGAAGCCCGUCGUGACCAAGGAAACAUGGAUGUUUUACAGAGAGCCCGCCAGAUGGGAAUGAAAAUUUGGGCACUCGAAAAGUUGCAGCGCAUGAUCACCACGAUUAACGACAACGAUAUCGGUGGUCAAAAUGAGAGUGCUUCUCGAAGCAAGAACGUCGGUGGAAACACUACCCAAGGUCGGGGCGAGAACGACCUCUCCCGAGUUCUUCGACAAGAACUCCUCAAUGGGCCGUCUGAUCGUGAUCCAUUCGCAUCAAUGGAGAUGGUGAUGUUCAAAGGACCUUUCAUCUAUAUUCACGACAUGAACGAAAAGACAAAGCCAGUCAUGGUGCGAGAGUACGCCCGAGUAAACAAGCGUCAGGAUGGCGCUUGGCCCCAGUUCCGAAGUGCCCCCCUGGGCAAAUGCCCCUUUAUCGACGAACCACCAAGCCGGAAGGAAUAUGACCGACAGCGGAUACGUCAAGCUCAAAAAGAGAAGAAGCCGGCUGUUGCCAAGGUGGAGGACUCUCGCAGCAAGCCAUCCACGGUUGCUCCUACGGAGCGCACUGUCGAGAACAAACUCGUAACCGAUCUUUCAAAGCCCAAGCGACCAGAAGACCAACCGUCUGCAAACCCGGUGGACGUCUUUGCCAAGCCAGUAUUUGAGGAUGGCCGUGAACGCAAGAGCUCAGAGAGCUUGAUUCCUCCCCAUUUCCCUCGCACUGGCCCGUUCUAUACAGGCCGUGAACCGGCUGCAUCAGGUGUACAGCCAUCUAAUGUCACUUCGGCCAUUCGCUCCCAGAUGAUCUCAUCUACAGCUGCCGCACCCGGUGCCAAAGCAGGGUUGAGCAAAGAAGUCCACGGACUGAAGAGGAAGGUUCUUGAAAAAGGCACCGGUAGCAUCGUGGCAGGAUCAAUGGCUGCACCCCAACGUCCCAGCACGGGAUCUGCGUCGUUCUCUUCAAAGCAGAACGAUAGCAACAAGUUGGCCGUUCUUGAGAAGAAUGGCCAUGCGGACGCUCACCAAACAGAAGGAGCUGGAACCAAGCGGCGAAGGGAUGAACACAAUGAUACCCAACCACAAAAACCGGAACGAAAGAGAGACCCGAAGCCUGGGUAUUGCGAGAAUUGCAGGGACAAGUUCGAUGACUUUGAAGAGCACACCAUGACAAGAAAGCACCGCCGGUUCGCGCAGAAUGCGUCCAACUGGGGUGAACUCGACGCCCUUCUGUUCGAGAUUCAACGACCCCUGAAGGAAGAAUACGACUUUGAAGAGUAGUUGAUGUUCUCAUUUACCGCCACGAUUCGACCUCGAAAUUCUUCAGCCCUUGUCAAAGCCAUCAUCGCAUCCUGGUGCCUGUCGGACUUUUCUUCCCCGUUUUUGUUCCCUCUUGUUCUUUUUCAUUUCUAUUUCUGCAUUCUACUUACGAUGCCUUGCUUCAUGGUAUUGUUACACCAUGGCUUGCAUGACCAUACCCGUGGCAUCAGCACAUUUGCAUAUGGGGAGUUUCUUUUUUCUUUUCAUCUCGCAUCAGCAGUACUGUGCAACCGACAGCAUCCUGACUGCACUGAGCCUGCAGUUCUUAUCAGCUGUCCUUAGUGGAAGCUAGUUGUCCGCUCGUUCAUUAUCCUUUUUUUCUCCACCUUGUAUUUCCUAUUAUCGGUUUAUUCACUCUUGCAUCAGCAGCCAAGGACGUUUUUGCAUGAUGACUUCCUGUUUCCUUUUAUGUUCCGAGGGUCUGGUGAUGGAGCUGACCUGUCUACCCAUCAAUCAAUAUGGGCUUGGCAGGUGGAUGGCUUCUAACAAUCGAAAAAAAUUUCGAGUUUUGGGCAUGGCAUGCCUAGGUUUAUGAGGGAUCUGAUGGCUACGUGCUGCAUCCUGACAUGGUAUCAUCUGUCAACGAAAUGCCUACGGGCCUAAUUGUUCUCCGAUCUAGUUGUCUCUUUUCUUUGUCGUCUUUCAUCCGGCCGAGUCUUGUUUGUUUACAAGAUGGGUGAUUAUACCCGGCGCAGGUGGCGGAGGUUUCUCCGAGUGUGCUUUUUGAUUGAUACUCCAGCUUUACUUAGCUUCAAUGCAUAUUGACUCUACU